ACCCAACCCAACCCCCUUGCGCCACUCCCACGGUUUGUCGCCUCCAUGCGGCGCAAUGCCGCUGUUGCGGCAGGCGCUAGGCUUCGCGCAGUUGGCGCUGGUGGCGGCCUGGAACUCCAAAGCCACACAGGAAGAUUUCUACACCUUCCAGGAGUUCUACACGGAUGCCCAGUACGGGCCGGACUUCGGCUACUACUCGACGGGCCGGAUCCUGCAUGGUGGAGCCUCACAGGAGGAUCCCACCGGCGCGGCCUACUUCAACUCCUACACCACCCAGCCUAUGUCCCUGAGCCCCUUCUUCGGGCAGCUGCUCUGUGACCGGGUGGUGAGCAUGUGGAUCUCCAUGGGCCGGCCCGCGCCGUUCUUCCUCAUGGAGUUCGGAGGCGGCACGGGGAUGCUGGCGCGGGACAUCCUGCGCCACGGGCGGAACGCGCAUGAGGAGUUCUUCGCGGCGGCGCGGUACGUGAUCGGGGAGCGGUCCCCUGCGCUGCAGGCCGCGCAGAGGCAGACGGCCGCUGAGUUCGUGCCCUCCAAGCUCCUCGUGGUGGAUGCGGACGCCCGCUCGGCCUCGAAAGUGCGGCAACAUCUCAAGGUGGCGGUGGUGCGGGGCGUAGUGCUGUCCAACGAGCUCUUAGAUGAGUUCGACCCGGUGCGCCUGCGCCUCUCCUGGGCGGGGGCUUCCCCGGACCAGGGGCGGUGCAAGCAGUGCGCCGCCUUUCGGGAGGCGCACGUUCUGCACCGCAUCGACGAGAGAGCGCUUGCACAGUUGCUGCGGAGGAGCGAGGAGGCGCAGGUGCUGGGAGAGGCCAUCCGCUGGGAAGCCAAGAGCCUACCCUGCGGGCUGCUGGACACCCAAUUGCUGCAGCGCCAGGUAGUGGAGCGCUUGUCGGCGGCGCUCAGCACGGAGGAGCUGCGGCGCUGCAGCCCCAUGCAGCUCUGCUGCGCCGCGCUGCUGCUGGCGGUGGACGGCCUCAUGCAGGACGACCACUCCUCCCUGCAGCUGGGGAAGCUGGCGGCUAGCGACCAGCUGCUGAGGAGGUAUCGCCAGCAGGUGGCACGCACCAACGGCACGCUGCUGCUCAGCAAGCACCGGUACCGCCAGCUGCGGCGCCUCGCGCUGCAGGAAGGCUUGGGCUUCGAGCAGGAGCUGCUGAUGGGAAGCUUCGGACGCUUUUACAGCGACGAGGUGUACUUCGCACUGAGCCCCAGCAGGUGCCGGGAGCUCGGCCCCUGGCGAAACCGCCAUGCGGCGCGGCUGGCUGCAGCCGCCAAGCUGCGGGGUGCCACUGCGCCGGUCUACGAUCGGCGGAACUUGGGGUCCACGCUGCAACUGAAGAUCCUCGUGCAGCCGGGUCAUGCGGAGUUUGUGCAAGAGGCCAGCGCCUUGGUGGACGAAGGUUUCAUGAUCUCCAUGGACUAUGGCGCUGACGCCGAUGCGCUCCUGUGGCAGGCGCUGGUUCACCCGAACCACGAGGGUAUCCACAUCAUGGAUGCCAGGGAGGCAACAUCUCAGUGCUCCAGCUCUUACCUGGCCUGUCCCGGCCUACAGGACAUCACGAUGACGGUGGACUUCACCGAAGCCGCGGAGGCCGGGGAGGCCGCUGGCUGGCGCACCGCCGCCUACGCCCCCAUCUUCCAGCUGGAGCUGGCGCAGGAGGACGAGCACCUGCCGCCCUUGGCCUCGCUGCUGGAGCGCGCCGGGGGCCCACGCAGCGUGGGACUUCAUGCCUGGUACCGGCACAGCGGAGCAGACGCCUGGGCCUCCUUCAAGGUCCUCGUGCAGUACCGUGGCGUGAAGCGCUGGUCCUUGGGCAGCAGUUCGCUCAGCUGGCCGCUGCGCAAGGUGCCGGCCCUGGCAGAGGCCCCAGACGAGUGCUGGAGCAACGACCUGUCCAAGCCGGCCCUGGCUGCACUGGUGGCCCGGUCUGUGGACUUGGGGAGCUCCUUCCAGAAGCUUUUGGAGGACCUGCGGGCCAUGCAGGAGGCGGCGGAGCUCCAAUACGCCUGGCAGCGCCAAGCGUACCGGGACCUGCACUUGGCCCAGCUGUUGGCGGACUACUGGCUGUACUUUGCCCGCGCGGGUCCCCGGGAGAGCUGCCUGGCGCCUUCGGCCGACCUGCGCGCGGCCUGGCUUCAGCAGGUGCGCUCCGUGGCAGUGGCGCGGCGGCUGCCGGAAAUGCAUGGCGAGGUCAUGUUCAACCGGGUUUUCUCCGCGCUCGCUGGCAACCACACGCCUCCAGCAGAGCCCUAUGAAUGCCUGGUGUCACAGAUGAUCGCCAGCUUUUGUUGAGACGGCCGCGAUCCGAUGCUCGGCCAGACCCACCGACCAGACCCACCGACCCACCUCACGACACGGCCUUCUCCAAGCUUCGGCUUUGGAGCAGCAGACGGAAGGAGACGCCACGAGGCGUGAAGAAUCGGCCGUCUGGUGAAGAGCCCCCAGGUCUGUUUGGAUUCAGCGGCGCCCUCGACGACUCGGAGCCUCGGAACUCAACUCGCGCAAUGGAGGGCAAAGGGGGGCAAGUGAUCCAGCUGGC